AUGGACGUGACUAAAUGUCUUCCCCAAGAUGCAAUGCAUUUAUUUCCUGAAGGUGUGACGGAAGUAACCACCAGAGCUAUUCUUUGGUAUUUUAUUAUUGAGAAAGAACUUUUAUCUGUGGAACAAUUAAAUAAAAAGAUGGAAAAUUUUAAGUUUGGUCAUUUCAAAAACAACAAACCUGGGGUAAUUCUACGUGACCACCUCAGAAGGGAUAUGAAGUUGAAGCAAAGUGCAUCGCAAACAUUGGCUCUUGCUCAUAGCCUACCGUUUUUAUUGAAUGAAUGGAUUAUAGAAGACAACAUUGAACAUUUGGAGCAUAUUUUACUUCAUCGUUUAUUUCCGGAAUGGCUUGUACCAAAGUUUCAUUUUAUAACGCACUUGCCUCAGUAUAUACGAAUGUUUGGUCCUGCUCGUCAGCAGUGGUGUUUUGGAUUUGAAAGAGAACACGGAUACUUCAAGCAGCUAGUGCCGGUAGUUCGAAGUUUUAAAAACAUGUCCUUGACAUUGUGUUAUCGACAUCAAGCGCGACUUUGUUUUCAACUCGCUACAUUCCGUGGAAGAGAAUCCAAAAAAUUCUUAUAUCAGGGAGAUGAAAUCACUAUCGGUCAAAGAGUGCUAUUGAGAAAUUUGCCGCAUAUGGAAUUACUUUUCGAUUUUAUUCCACAGGAUGAAAUAGAAACUUUUAAUAUUUCUCGCUGUCUUCGAGUGAAAUCGCAUGGAACAAAAUAUAAAGAAGGAUCAAUUAUUUUGUUAGAAUGCGAAGAAAAUUCACUCCCCAUAUUUGGAGUGAUUAAAGAAAUCUUUGUUAUCGACGACAUAAUAUUGUUUUGUUACAUUAAAUUAGAUACGAUACACUACAAGGAAACUUUAAAUAGUUACAAAAUUAAUAAACCUUGUAUUAUCUCUCAAAAUGUAAUUAGGCUAAAGGAUCUAAUAUAUUUCCACAUCCGAUUCCUGAAUUUAAAUUUGAAAACAGCAAAUAUGUCUUUUUACUCGAUCACGAACGUACAGAAUUUUACGGAUGAUAUACUUAUAUUGUAAAUUAAAUAUAAAAGCCUAAAUUGUACACAUUUUAUUAAGAAAACUUAAUAUUGUUUAGAUCAAUAAAAUAUACUUUAACUAUUUA